GAGGCCACAUUACAUAUGCGCUGACGCUUUCCUGUGUUGAUUUAAGCGGUAAGGAGCGCAGAGGACAUGAUGGCGCGGCCACGACAAAUAGGCGUCCGGGAGGAGAACUCGCAGGUGGAAUAAUUAUUAGAACGACAGUGACGUCACAUGACCACCACGUGACCCAGCUGUCGGGGCCCUGCAGUGGAGCUGAGUGACUGCCCAGCAGCCUUCAAGCCGAGUGGGAUGCCAGAGGUUUGCCGGCUUAAUGGCGUUUCAAGGAGAGGCGGUUCUCUUACAGGAUUACAGCUGAUGGAGAGGAGUCCCUGCUCCUCCUCUUGCACUCACAGCCAGGAUUGGAUCAUGACGAGGACGGAGCACGCCGACAUCAACACGCUUAACUGUACAGAAAAGGCUCUUUCAUGGACUGAAAGCCGCGAGACAUGCUGAGUGGAUGCUUUGGCAAUUUAUGUGACACGGCUGUUUUGUUCCUGGAUGUGACUUUCUGAAAGGAGGCAACUGACCGUAUCGGUCCAUUCCAUCAAAAGUGACUCGUGCCUUUGCAAUGCUGAUUUCUCCACUUUUAUGACAUUAUUUGUAUCCUUAAUUGAGUUUUCACUGAUGUCCAAGGAAGAGCCGGUACUAUGCACUAUGGUCCUCUCACAUCCAUCAUCGAACCUGUAACCUCAGCACAGGAGUGGCACCUUUAGCAGGGGAGGGACCUCAGAAGCUUCACAACGCCUACGUCGCAGGGAUGUUCGCCUCAGUGGAGCAUGGCCCGGUUCUCUGCAGCGACUCCAACAUCCUGUGCCUGUCGUGGAAAGGCCGCGUGCCGAAGAGUGAGAAAGAGCAACCCGUGUGCCGAAAGCGUUACUACGAGGAAGGCUGGCUCGCCACUGGAAAUGGCCGAGGAGUUGUGGGGGUCACAUUUACAUCCAGCCACUGCAAGCGGGACCGGCCCACUCCGCAGAGGGUCAACUUCAACCUCAGGGGGCACAAUAGUGAGGUGGUUCUGGUGCGAUGGAAUGAGCCCUUUCAGAAGCUGGCCACCUGUGAUACAGAUGGUGGAAUCUUUGUUUGGAUCCAAUAUGAAGGCCGCUGGUCUGUGGAGUUGGUCAAUGACCGUGGAGCUCAGGUGAGUGACUUUACAUGGUCACACGAUGGCACUCAGGCUCUCAUCUCCUACCGCGAUGGCUUUGUUCUGGUGGGCUCAGUCAGCGGGCAGAGGCACUGGUCUUCCGAAAUCAACUUGGAAAGUCAGAUCACCUGCGGUAUCUGGACUCCUGACGACCAACAGGUUUUGUUUGGCACCGCCGACGGACAGGUGAUAGUGAUGGACUGCCACGGCCGCAUGCUGGCCCACAUUCUGCUGCACGAGUCGGACGGCAUCGUCAGCAUGUCGUGGAACUACCCCAGCUUCCUGGUAGAGGACAGCAGUGAGAGCGACACCGACUCCGAUGACUAUCCCCUGCAGCAAGUGCACAGCCACAAACCUCUGCUGACAGUCAGCUUCACAUCUGGAGACAUUAGCCUAAUGAACAACUACGAUGACCUCUCACCCACACUUAUCCGCACUGGCCUGAAAGAUGUGGUCGUCCAGUGGUGCUCGCAGGGGGAUCUUCUUUCAGUGGCUGGCAUGGAGAAGACUCUCCUCUCCCCUGACCCCUCUUGUCCUCCCCCUACUAGGAACGCCAUCGUCAAGUUCUAUAACGUCCGGGGUGAACACAUCUACUCACUGGAAACACCAGCACAGCGCCCCAUCACUACCCUUUGUUGGGGCCACAGAGACUCGCGUCUUUUCCUGGCGUGUGGCCCGGCACUCUACGUUGUGCGUGUAGAGCACCGCGUCGCCAGCCUGCAGCUCCUUUGCCAGCAGGGCAUCGCCACGGCGGUAAAGGAAGAGAAAGACGUGGCCAAGCUCACCAUGCCGUCGCGUCUCUGUUCAUUCGUCACUGCCGCUUUCGCUCCCACAAUUAGGCCGCCUAUUCCUGAUCCCAACAACAUGCGUGACUUUGUCAGCUACCCAACAGCAGGCAACGAGCGUCUCCACUGUACAAUGAAACGUACUGAGGACAACCCUGAAGUGGGGGGUCCCUGCUACACUCUGUACCUGGAGUACUUAGGGGGUCUAGUGCCGAUCCUUAAAGGCCGGCGAAUAAGUAAAUUGCGUCCAGAGUUUGUCAUUAUGGACCCUAAAAUGGAUGGAAAAACAGAUGAUAUAUAUGGCAAUAGUCUGAUAUCUGCAAUGAUUGACAGCUGCAAUUGCUCAGAUUCAAGUGACAUCGAAAUCAGUGACGACUGGGUGGGAAAAAAGUCCCCAAAGAUAUCUAGGGGGAGUAGGUCCCCCAAAAUGCCCAGAGACUUAGUUUGUCCUUUUACCAACAGAAUCAACAUUGAUCCCAGGAAAUCACCCAAACUCUCCCGCGCCUCCCAAGAGGUCUCCAGGUCACCCCGGUUACCCAUACGAAAACCCUCCAUCGGGUCACCAAGUCUGACACGGAGAGAAUUUCCUUUAGAUGACAUUACUCAGCAAAACUACCUUGCUCAGGUAACAUCAAAUAUUUGGGGAACGAAAUUCAAGAUUGUUGGGCUUGCUGCCUUCUUGCCAACAAAUCUUGGUGCAGUCAUUUAUAAAACCAGCCUCCUCCACCUGCAGCCCAGACAGAUGACAAUCUACUUGCCGGAAGUGCGUAAGAUCUCCAUGGAGUACAUCAAUCUGCCUGUCUUCAGCCCCAACGUCUUCAGCGAGGAUGAGGAUGACCUGCCAGUCACUGGCCCAGCUGGUGGCUCUGAUGACAACCCGCCCUGCACUGUCAACAUCCCCAUUGCACCCAUCCACAGUCCCGCCCAAGCCAUGUCCCCCGCACAGAAUAUUGGUCUAGUCCAGUCCCUCCUAGCCAAUCAAAAUGUUCAGCUGGAUGUUCUAUCAAACCCCACAGCCACCUCCCCAGGGGCUGGUUCUGCUGCGGCUGCUUCUGCUGGGUCAGACCAAAGCCAGGAAACCAUGCUUACAGCCCAGUACACAGUUCCUAACCGAUACUCCAGUCCGGGUCAGGUCAUCUUUGGAGGGCUGGACAUGGGUCGCCUCACUGGAGGACCUUCACGCUCUCAUCAUCCUUCACAGCAGUUACAGCAACUACAACACCAUCAGCAACUACAGCAUCAUCAACAGCUCCAGCAGCAGCAGCAACAACAGAUGAUGCAACAGCAACAACAGCAACAACAGAUGAUCCAACAGCAGCAGCAACAACAACACAUGAUCCAACAACAGCAGCAGCAGCAACAACAACAGAUGCUACAGCAGCAGCAACAGCAUCAACAAAUGCUCCAACAACAACAUCAGCAGCAACAGCAUCUUCAGCAGCAGCUCCAACACAUGCAGCAGCAGCAGUUCCAUCAACACAUACAGCAACAACAAAUACAACAGCAGAUGCAGCAACAGCAGCAGCACCACCAACAACUUCAGCAACAGCUUCACAUUCAAAUCCCUGUUUCCUCUAUGUCAUCAGGACAGACUUCCGCAGCAACUAUGCUUCCGUCGGGCAUGCUGCAGAUUCAAAUUCCUCACCCACCUCCCGAUUUGGUCCUAGACAGGGGUGUGGGGGGUGAACAUGAGACUCUUUUGAAAAUAAAGACAACACGUUCAGGUCCGCAGCUGGCCGAGGGAGACACAUUGGUGUUCAGCGCGCCGCUCGAACUCAGCAAGAUGAACCCACCUCCUCCUUACCCUGGAACUGUGGCUGCUGCUGUGGCAGCAGCCGCAGCAGCAGCGGCCGCUUCCAUGUCGGCCUCCAAUGCAGCCUCAAAUGCUCCAUCGGGAACGGUCGUAGGCUCCACUAUAACCCCCCCUCCUGGUGAUCUUUGUGCAAAGAAGGGGGACUUCCCACUUUAUCCCCCUGGUCAGCAGCAAGGGCAGUAUCCGACACCAUUGGGCUAUGAGAGGAUAACUACCUUUGACAGCAGUGGGAAUGUGGAAGAGGUUUGCCGCCCUCGAACCCGUCUUGUCUGUAAUCAAAAUGUCUACAACCUACAAGGACCCGGCAGCUCCUCCACUCUCAGGGUCAGCUCAGGAGAAGGCAAAAAGAUCCAGCUACCCUACAGCUCGGCCACCCUUAACAGACUCACCGCACCUCGCUAUUCCAUACCGAGUGGAGACCCUCCCCCGUAUCCGGACCCGGCAAAUCAGAAUGGUGGGAGGAAUCCUGGACAGAAGCUCGACAGUAGUCUGAUUCAUGCCACUCUCAGGAGGAACAGUCGAGAAGCAAACCUCAAAGUGUCCCAAAUGAUGGAACCGCCUAGACCGCUGCCGCCUAAAGCUAAAAAUAAUAGUGCACUAGCAGCCUGCUAUCAGCAGAGGGUGCAAACAGCCUUAUACACUUGUAGCCAGUGUAGCAGUGGGACCAGUGUUGGAAUCACAGCCCCAGGGAGCGCCAAUGGAAUAGCAGGGGGUACUAUCAUCAGACAAGAUUUUCCUCCAGGGAAUGGCGCGCCACAUAGCACAGUCAUCGUUCACUCCAACAGUGCCAUGCCUCUGACCUCUCAGUCCUGUUACAGCCUGCUGAGCUCAGUUGAACCAUCUGGAACUGCAGGAGUAGGAGGCGGUGGAAACAGAGAUUGCGUAGAUUAUGUUAAUUCAGCUUUUACAGAGGAUGAAGCCCUGAAUCAGUCGCUGAGGAAUUUGGCUUUAGGAGGAGCUGAUACAUCAGGGCUGGUUGUUAAACGCCCACCUCCCUAUCAGUGGGACCCAUCUGCCACAGAGGAAGUGUGGGUACCUCAGGAACGUACUACAACACUUAACCCCACCAGCCACCCAGGACCACACAAGCCACCUCCCCUUAUUCUUAGCCCGACCCAACAAUUGGAUGUCUCCAGGCUGCCUUUUGUUCUGUCUCCAAAGUCUCCAACAACCCCCAGCGCUGCUGCCUCUUUUCAAGCUGCCGCCGCUGCAGCAGGUUACCAAGUUUCUCUUCAGUACCCGCCCGUCACUGCCUACCCUGGAGCCCAGCUUCAGCCCAUCCUGGGGUCGCCACGCCCAUGCUCCUCCCCAAAGGAAGUGGUGGCUCCUGUUCCUCUCUCACAGCAGGAUGCAACCAUUGUUUUACCUGCUGGUUACCCUACAAAUCUAACUAAUCUGGCCUGCUGCCCUCUACCGCCUCUGUACCCUGGAGGAAGCGGGCUUUCCAUUCCUCCCAUUGCCCUCCACACACCGUGGGGUACAUAUAACCCGUGUCCUCCUAUUCCCAGUCCUGCUGUGCCCCUACCACCCAAAGCAUCCCAUAUGGCUGUAGAUAAAAAUGUCCUCUCACCACCACCUCCUCCACCACCACCGCCGCCCCCUCCACCACCACGUUCAGAAAUGCAGAACCAUGUAGGAUUGCAAGAAGCCAUGGCAGAACCUGUGGAAGGUUACCAGGAGGUGCUCUCCUUAGCUGAGAGCCCGGUGCCGCCCCGUUCAGACAAGUUCAACAAGAAAAACCGUAAGAGGGCAGAUGGUCGGGCCGAGGAGGCGAACGUUCCGCCUCCGGCCGAAGGGAGCAAAUCCAAAAAGGAGGGCAGGCCUCUGGGGGAUUUCAAUUCUCUCAUCUCUAGUCCUCGUCUUGGAGGGAGAGACAAAAAGAAGCUUAAGGGACCAAAGGAGCAGUUGAAAGCGAAGAAGCUGAACAAAGCCACCGCCAACAGCGAGUUCCAGGACAGCUCAGAAAGUGAGCCGGAGCUGUUCAUCAACGGCGACGAGCUUUUGAACCAGUGCCAGAGCGGAAAGAAAAGCUGGAAGAGUAAAAGGAACCUCAGGGCGGCCAGCGAGCUGGAUGAGAUGAAGUGUCGAAAGGCCAACGAGAAAGAAGACCGAGGGCUGGGCAGCCAGGGCUUUGUGUACGUCAUGGCGAACAAGCAGCCACUGUGGAAUGAAGCAACGCAAGUGUAUCAGCUGGACUUUGGUGGACGCGUCACACAGGAGUCUGCCAAGAACUUUCAGAUUGAACUUGAGGGCAGACAGGUGAUGCAGUUUGGGCGGAUCGACGGCAAUGCCUACAUCCUUGACUUUCAGUAUCCCUUCUCUGCUGUGCAAGCCUUUGCAGUGGCUCUGGCGAACGUCACACAACGUCUCAAAUGAGAGGUCAGAGUGCUUAUUUUAAUAGCAACAUUGCCUGACUUUGCAGAGAAGACUUGACCACGGGGAUCACAAGGAGCGAGAGGAUGAGGAUACAAUCCCGCUGCACUACUCUAUGCUGCCACUUUAGUCGGUGUCACGGGCAUCGGUUACGAUCGCCGGCCGGCGGCAUACCCUGCGCUUCGGUGAUCAUCAUGCAAAUAAAACGCUGCUUUAGUUUGUAGUCGCUUUUACACGAGUUCAGACAGAAGAACUGUCGAUGUGCAGUUGAGAAUGUCAAAAAAAAGGAGCAGCAGUAAUACUUGAAACCCACACUCUGGUGAUUUGAGUUGUUUUUUAUGAUUAUUUUUCCAGAGCACACAGGUACUACUGGGCACCCAAAUCCAUUGCUGUACAAACACUCACCACGAUAUGACACUGCUUUUGCUUUCAGUUGUGUUAUUCAUGUUGGAAGGUUGAAGGGACUUUUAAAUUUUGCUCUCUUGCCAUUCCUUUUGCUCACACAUGUAAUGUUUGCGUCAUAUAUCCGCAGCCCACCUGCUUUUAUUUGGGAGACAGUUGGCUAAAUUAUGUCAACAUUGCGUCGUCCAACCAAUAUUGCAUCGUUUUCAGCAACUCUAACUGGUUUAGAGGUACAUCGUCACCUGUAGUCACUUCUGUGAAGUGCACAGUGAGGGGCUUGCUCCACACUAAAAAUAAGGUGCAGGGAAAUAUGUUUGUAAAUGUUUCUCGUACGGCCAUUUCACUAUCUCCUAGCAUUAAAAAGCAUAUCAUACACACGUGAUUUUUGAAGAGACUCGGGUGACUCUGACAGACGUUUCUGUCGCCACUGUGUUUCAAACGCUGUAAUACUGUUUUCAACGCAGGAGACAAAAAACACACUGAAAUCAUCUUUGACCUGAUUUAUUUUCUGAGACAUAACUCCAGUGAAGAAUGAAGCCAGUGAGUUGUUCUAUUUCAAUGUACUUUCGUCAGGCAAUGAAGACAUAGGAUCAAUUAUUGUGCCAUCAAAAUGAUCUCCGGAACAUUUUGUUUCAUGGAUUGGUGAGAAUUUUACAUUUUGUAUUGUGAUAUGUGGAGACAAAAAAAUUGCAUGGUAUAAAA